CUAGAAAUAUUGUCUGGUGGGAGGUUUUAUUGCCAAUGGCGCUCGAGAAGGGCCCAUACAUCGGCGAUGUCACAGCGCUGUGCUUCGCGGCGCUUCCGUCCAGGGCUGUUCUUGCGGGCACCGGAGCGCAGCUGGAUUGCUACAAUCUCGAGAUGGGAGCGCGAUAUUUCCCGUCUGUGCACGUCUUUGAUGGAAUCCGCGUCCAUGGAAUCGUUGCUGCCGCGGUGGAGUCGAGCGCAUUGCCUCCGGCGAUCGUUGCUGUUCACGGAGAAGGAAAGGCGAAGCUCUUUCGAUUGAGCUCCGAGGGUCUGGAGCCCUGGCAAUUCGUUCCGAGGUUUUCCAAGUGGAUUCUCGAUGUCCAAAUCUUCACAAAGGAUGAUGGCCAUAAUGUGGUUCUAGCAAUCGGUUUAAGUGACAAUACCGUGUGUCUUUGGGACACUUCCGCCAAGAAGAUAGUCUCCAACUUCCACUGUCCUGAAAGGUGCUUAUUGUAUUCUAUGAGGCUUUGUGGUGAUUCCAUUCAGAGUUUGCAAGUCGCUGCUGGGACAAUCUACAAUGAGGUUCUUGUUUGGGCGUUAGGAGGCAAGGGGAGCACCUGUGAAGCCAAGAUCGUCCAUAGACUGUGCGGACACGAGGGUUCUAUUUAUCGUAUCACUUGGUCGACAGAUGGAUGCUUCCUCGGUUCGGUAUCAGAUGACAGAAGUGCUCGAAUAUGGAAUCUUCAGACAAAAGCUGUCAUUGUUUUAUUCGGCCAUACUGCUCGUGUUUGGGAUCUCCAUAUAGAUGCAAAGAUGUUCAUAACAGCAAGUGAGGACUGUACAUGCGGAGUCUGGUCUUUGAGUGGGGAGCUUUUGAGGACGCUGAAGGGGCACACAGGUCGUGGGAUAUGGCGUUGCAUAUUUGAUCGUCAGCUGUCUAUGCUAGUAACUGCAGGAGCUGAUUCUUCCAUUAAGCUGUAUUCUCUGUCGGAAAGAGCUCUAAUUCCUACGACUGCUAAAGAGAUGGUAAUGUACCGGAUAGACACUGGCAAGAAUGAUGGUUUUUUAGACAGUAGGAGCGAAUAUGUCCGGUGUUUAUGUUUUGAAGGACCGUCGUCCCUGUUCAUAGCAACAAAUCAGGGAUUGCUACAACGCGCCAGUCUCUUGCCAUCUGGGGACGUGAAACAGGUCUCGAUACUACAGACACCUGAAAGAAGUCCUCUUGUUUGCUUGGAUAUUUUCAAAGAACAGCUCGUAACUCCUGAAGGAUGUCCCAGUAAAGAGGUUUUAGUUGCCUGUGGUGGCGGCCAGGGUCGGGCGACGGUCUUAAGGAUCACUUCCGAGGGGCAGAUAGCCUGGCAAUCAACAUGGAUAGCUGAAGCAGAAAGACAGCUCUUGGGAGCUUUCUGGUGUAAAUCUCUUGGUUCACGAUUCGUUUUUACAACAGAUCCGAAAGGAGGAGUUCGUUGCUGGGCUAUGAAUGGCGAAACUAGCGAGGGACCGCGGCAUUUGGCAUACUUCAAGUCCUCCUUGUCAAGUCGAAUUGUAUGCAUGGACGCGUCCUUAGAAAAGCAGGUGCUCGUAUGUGGCGAUCAAAAAGGAAGCUUACUAUUCUUUCAUUUUGAUUCAGUCUUAUUCGAGAUGGAAGAUCCCGCUGUUGUUGAGGAGCUCGAUUCAUUCAGAGGUGCGCACGGCAUAUCUGCCGUUGCUAAUGUGUCAAUAUCCGAGUUCUCAAACGAAGGAACCAAGACAAUAUCAACAGGAAGAGAUGGAUGUGUUUGCGAAGUAUUCUACCAACGUGGUCAGCUAUCGUCGGUACUUUCCUGCCACCGAGUCGAGAAGAUUGCUGCAAUAACGGUCUUGGAAUCAGUUCUAUGCCUAUCUGGAUCAAAACGAAGGAUUGGUCUAGGAUUUUCAGCGGCAGACUUUGUGUUAUGGGAUAUCACCAACGAGGUCGAGUUGAAAAGAAUAUCUUGCGGUGGAUGGAAGCGACCACAUUCAUCUUUUGUUGGAGAACUUCCGGAGACUCAAUUUUGUUUUGCUUUUGUGAAGGAACAAACCAUAUGUAUUUGCCGCAAUUGGGACGAUAGUGAUGAUUCGAGUAAAGGGCAUCCCCUGCAAGCGCUGCAAAAACAAUCGCAUGGGAGAGAGGUCCACUCGAUUUUAUUUUUUCCUGACACGGACUGGCUCUUCUCUGGUUCCGAAGAUGGAAGAGUUCAGAUUUCAAGGUAUGCUCAGGAGGACUUAACAGUGUUCGCAUCAUUGGAAGAACACGUUGGUGGCUCUGCGGUUCGUGCACUAGCUUUGUCGACCCGUGUGUACAAUAGCAAGACUGAAGCGAGCGGGAUCGACGACAUGCAGCAUGCAGUUCUGUUCUCUGCUGGUGCAAAGGAAGUUUUGACGUGUUGGGAACUCUUCGACAAGCCAGAACAAAUAUCGGCACGAUGGCUCAGUACUCACUCGACUUUCAGCAAGAAAAGCGGCGUAAACAAGGAUGACUUGCGGUAUAUGGCACUGACAGUUUUUGCUGUUGAGUCGGAUGGCGUUCCAGUUUAUUUUGUGGUGGCUGCCAUGUCGAAUGCCAUCCUUACUGUCAAGGCGUUCGACUCAUCCAGCAAAACGUGGUCUCGUAUCGCAGUUCUCCAGCAUCACAAAUGUCCAGUUUUGACCCUGCAUCACGCAGUCCUCCCUUGCUUCUCGCAAGGAACACUGGCGAACAGAUUUUUCGUAUUCAGUGGCUGCACAGACGGAAGUAUUGCCGUCUGGGAUCUUACAAAUUCAGUCGCUAGCUUCACCGUUGGUGAGAGAGAAAAAGCCCAAGGCUUGCGGCCUCUCUCCGGGAGAGGAAGCCAGGGUGGUAAAGCCCGCCGACGCUUGAAUCAUCAGCGCCAUCCCUCGCAGCAGCAAAUCCUCAAAGAUCCGCAGUCCUCGCCUGAUCUCUCCCAAGACGCAGCAGUACUAAGUCCCGUACUCGUGCUAAGUUGCUGUCACCAAUCCGGCGUCAAUUCUCUAUACGUGUGCGCCACCUCGUCUUCCACAUUGUCGAUCGUGAGUGGUGGAGAUGAUCAGUCUCUUCACUCCUCCGUGCUGUCCAUGCAAGAAGGCGCUGGGAGUACUAUCCGUGUCCUCAGCCGUCAAAACGUUGCCAAUGCGCACAGCUCCGCAGUGAAAGGGGUGUGGAGCGAUUCCGAGUGGAUUUUCAGCACUGGCCUUGAUCAACGAGUGAGGUGCUGGCAAAUCGCCCAAGACAAUCGAUUGACACACUCGUGUAGCUGCAUCAUCGACGUUCCUGAGACCGAGUCGAUCGAUGCUCAUCGAUCAAGCGAGAGCUCGUAUCGCAUUACUGUAGCGGGAAGAGGCGUCCAAGUGUUAAAUCUCGCAGUUAUUGCAGUACGCAAGAACAGUACGAGAGAAUGUGGGAGCUUCGCGAUGACGCCGAGCUGAGGAGGUUGGCAACGAGCUGCACUGAUCUCUUGGCUUCGCUCGGGAUCCAUGAUCCGGUAUGGAUUCCACCUCUCACCUUGACUCCGGCCACCAUAGC